GCCACUCAGUGGCCUGCAGAUGUUAAUCAUGGACAACAACUUGCUUAGCACCAUCAAUGCUGCCAGUUUUGAAGGUUUAGGCAAUUUGCAGGAGCUGUACAUGAGAAAUAAUGGUCUGGGCAAGCUUCCAAAAGAUAUCUUCAAACACACACCCAAACUUACCCAGCUAGCGCUGAGUGGUAAUAAACUGAAGUCAAUUGACGUGACAUCAUUCUCGCAGCUACCAGGUCUCCGGGAGGUUUUCCUCCAUGGCAACCCUUGGUCAUGUGACUGCAGAAUGAAGACCUUUCUCCACUGGCUUUCCCAGAGUAAAGCAAACUUAUCUCCCUUUGGAACGCUGAGGUGUGUCACACCCCACAGGAAUAAGGGCAGGACCCUGAACAGCUUGAAGGUGCUUGACCUGCAAUGUAAGGCAAGAGGGUUAUGAAAGCACAGCCAAUCGGUGGUCUGGCCCCUCUCUCACUUCCCCCUUCCAGUUCCAUCCACUUUCGGAUUUGUACCCUCUUAUAUCUUGUAACUUGCUAAAGCUGACCAUUAUAAGGUUGAAAAAUGUACAGAAUCAAAGAGCUCUACAAUACAGGCAAGAUUUUC